AUGGACUAUGUAAUACGCCAUGCCGAAGUUUUAUGUCUAUCAGAACGCUUGAAUUUGGAACAGGGUCUGAGGUUUUUAUCAUCAUUGAACGCUAUCCAAAAUAUUCCAAAAAAUUGUCUAAUAGCAAUAGGAGAAACAAUAGAAAUUUCUGAUUUCAGUACAGUGGAAGAAAUGCUGAUAUUAGAUGCCCUAGAUUCCUCAUGUAAAUUGAGCAAAGAGAUCGAUUUCCUCUGUGUAAAUAAAUUAUUUGAUGAAGUAUGUAAUAUACUGGAACAUUCCAAAUCUACAAAUCACUAUCGCAAUUUGACUAUCUUAAAUACAAUGAUUACAUUUAAAAUUAAAGAUAAUCACAUUACUAAUUUGGUGUUUUCAUCGAUUAAAAGAAACAUUGCUAGCUCCACAUUGUACGAGCUCUGUCAAUAUUUGUUCCUUUCUGGUGAACUAAAUUGGCCCGAACAGAUUGAUAUUUUAAGGCGUGGUAAGUGUAUACAGAAUGUUUUAUCUAAAACAGAGUUCAUAAAAUCGUACGAAAAACUUUUGGAGGACAAAUCUCUCGCAAUUAAAGCCUUAUCUGGCAUAUUGCGGUUAUCUAACCAACUGACGUCGAAAGAGCUCAAACUCUUACUAGAAAUAUCACAAAGUUCUGAGUCUUUACCCAAAAGUGAUAUAAUCACCUUGUAUUCCGCAUUGGCUAAGUCAAAUUCAACAUUGGGGGAUGAAUUCGAAUUUAUAAGGAAGACCAUUAUAAAAGAAGCGUGGAAUUUGUCAGAUUUGUCACCAUUGGAAACUUGUCGUUUACUGGAUAUAGAAGAUAACUAUUUACCGAGUGAUAUUCCUAUAUCUAAACUUAAUGCUGCAUUUGAUAGUAUACUUGGAAACAUUAAUCUGUUUGACAAAGACGAAAUCGUUACAAUUUUAAAUUUUGCAUCCAGGAAUGAUAAUCACUCGAAACGUCUAUUAGAUGCAUUGUACGACAUUAAAUACCUACUCAAAUCCCCAAAGGCGGCAGUAGCAUUGAUAAAACUCCACAAAAGGUGUGGAAUCUCCAACUCUCAACUGCUUUACGACAUCCUAGAUGGACUCUGUGACAAUUCUAUCAGAAUACACGAUUCUUUAAAGAUUCAACUCACUGAGUUACUCCAAAAAAACAAUAUCAAACACUAUACACUGGCAUCUAAAUUGGCAUGUUCAUAA